AGCUAUCUUGGUUUUAUGAGCUGGAUCAAUGCAUGACAUAUAUGAGAUGGGUGGUGGGGAAACAGAUCCAUUUUGAGACCACAUGUCCUGAGAUUUGGGAAGACACAGUGGGACAAUUGGACAUCUUUGUGAUGGGAAUUGGCAGUGGAGGGAGUGUCUCUGGUGUUGGACAGUAUCUGGAAUCAGAGAACCCUAAUGUCGAGAAAGCAAUGCUACCUGGAAAGAGGUCAGCCCAUUGAACGAAGUGGUCGCGACUGGGUUAUUUUACGAUUACCUUGAUCUCAUGAACACCUUCUACCAGCUUUGCCAGGUGUAGCUGCAGAUAUAUUUUUGUGUGGUUGGGAAAAAAUUACCGAAAUAAUGCUGAAGUGUGUUCGUUGUUAUUUUCAGCACAUGGUAGAGCUCUUCAGAAACGUAGUACUAAUGUCAUCACCCCAUGAGAACGAGGGAGGGACCAAGCAAACGAGAGAGGUUACACUCGAAAAAGGGAUGGCGCUUCUUAAUAUCGCGAAUAUGCAGCAGAGUAUAAACCUUGCUUCUUCGUCCAUCAUACAAGGUUAAUGCCACCGCCUCCAUAAAUGAGAACAUUGUACAAUGAAUUCGUGGUUUACAAGUUAGCAAAGGCAACUGAUUGAACUUCAAGACCUGUUAGGAAGGGGAUUUGGUACACCCAGUGUUGAUUGUAUCAGUAGAUGCAGCUGCAGAAGCCGUAGCUAGUUAGAAGUAUGCAUUGGUGAGCUUUUGAUUCUUGUCAGCCACCACCAUUAAGGGUGCGACUUUCCUCCAUGUAUGUUGUAAGUUGUAAGCUAACGGGAUGCAGUUGAUUGAGUAAUGUAUAAGAUUGGCUAGGACAUGAAAAAUUAGUAGAUUGUUAUUGUUAAGUUGCAUUUGGU